AUGGCUCCAGCAGAUCAUUCCGCCUUUGACCGAGCGAAUGAGACGGUGUCCUUUCUGAAGAGCCGCCUGCCCGAGAGCCUGCAGUCGCCCAAGGUGGCCAUUGUAUGUGGCUCCGGGCUGGGUGGACUGGCAGACACGGUCCAUGCUGAACCUCGCGCCGAAUAUGACUAUGCGUCGAUUCCUCACUUUCCCCGUCCUACUGUUGCCGGACAUGCUGGAAAGCUGGUGUUUGGACUGCUGGGCCAGCAGAUCCCCGCCGUCUUGAUGGUUGGCCGAGCACACUUCUACGAGGGCCAUUCCAUGGAUCAGGUCACAUUUCCGAUCCGCGUCUUCAAGCAGCUUGGUGUUGAUACCGUCGUGUUGACAAAUGCGGCCGGAGGCCUGAAUUCUGAAUAUCGCGUGGGCGAUAUUCACAUCUUCCUGGCCGGCCUGGCGGGAGUUCAUCCCCUCCGGGGGCCCAACCUGGAAGAGUUCGGAGUCCGCUUCCCCCCUCUAUCGGAUGCAUAUGACCUGGAGCUUCGUCGGCAGGUACAUCAAGUGUGGAAGCAAGUCAUCCCAGCCCAGAGCACCAGGAGGUUGCACGAGGGGGUGUAUGCCUUCGUUGGGGGUCCUACUUAUGAAACCAGGGCGGAGAGCCGGAUGCUUCGAAUGCUCGGCGCCGACGUGGUAGGCAUGUCGACAGUGCCGGAGAUUGUGGUGGCGAGGCACUGUGGCCUUCGCGUGUUGGCGUUUAGCCUGGUAACCAACAAUGCAGUGCUGGCACCUGUCCCGCGUGGAGACGAGCACUUACUCCAGGGUAAAGCUGCUGGUGAGCUUAGUGCUAUCCUUGAAGAAGGCAAGGCCGGCCACGAGGAAGUGCUGGAGGCCGGCCGCAUGGCAGCAUUGGAUAUGCAGAAAUUGGUGCUGCAAAGUCUCGUGAGUGCUUUUGGGACUACUUAG